CAAUGAUUGGAGCAUUAACUCCAUAUUUGAGUAAAAUUAGAAGAAGUUACCAAUCAAAUGACAUAAUUGACCGUCUCAAUUAUCAAUAUACAGCAAUUAUGCUCUCAUUUGCAGCCAUUACAUUAGCGGCUACCCAAUAUGUUGGGAAACCUAUACAGUGUUGGGUACCUCCAGAAUUUACUGGGGCUUGGGAAAAAUAUGCAGAAACUUAUUGUUUUGUGAAGGGAACAUAUUUUUUGCCUAUGGAUGAUUUACAUAUUGACGAUUCUUAUGCUGCUAGAGAAAAUAUAUUUAUUGGAUAUUAUCAAUGGGUCCCCCUAGUUUUGGCUGCCCAAGCAUUAUUUUUCUAUUUGCCUUCAUUCCUCUGGAAGGCAUUUAAUUUCAAUACAGGCAUAAAUGUCAAAAGUGUGUUAAAUAGUGCUGCUUUAGUUAAAAAAAAGUUUGACAAAAAUACAAGAAAUGCUCAAGUUUGUAAUUUUAUUUAUAAAAAUAAACUUGAUUUAAAGGUUGAUAAAGCUGCUACGCAUAUAUUGGAAGCAUUAGAAAUGCAAAGGGAACUUAAAACUUCAACAACGUUACUUUCAAGCCUUGGAAAGCGUGCAGGAGUCUUCUUAACAGUUUUAUAUCUUUUCACUAAAUUUCUCUACGUGGCUAAUAUUUUGUUGCAAUUUUUAAUUUUAAAUGCCUUUUUAGGCCCUCAAUAUACUUAUUGGGGGUUUGGAAUAUUAAAAGAUAUUUGGAAUGGGAGGGAAUGGAGUGAAUCUGGACAUUUCCCUAGGGUGACAAUGUGUGAUUUUAAUGUUCGAGUUUUGGGGAAUAUACAUAGAUGGACUGUACAGUGUGUUUUGAUGAUUAAUAUGUUUAACGAAAAAGUUUUUGUAUUUUUCUGGUUCUGGUUUCUCUUUGUUGGAGUUCUCUCUCUACUAGGCUUAUUUUACUGGUCUACAGCAACUAUUCUUCCAGGCUGUAAACGUGCUUUUAUAACAAAAUAUUUGCGUUGUAUGGGGGUUAUUGAACAGACUAGCAAUGCUUUUGAGAUACAUUUAGUGAAUAAUUUUAUAGAUUUUCUACGUACUGAUGGAACAAAUGGCGGAGAUCUUCUUGUUGGAGAAAUUAUUACUUCACUUUUUGAGCGAUACAAAUCAAAGGUGAAAUAAAUUAAAUAAGGGAUUUUCUUGCUAAUUAUUUUUAAAAUAUUCUUGAGUAGAGACGAGACAUUCA